CCAGGAAUGGCAGCACGUACCACGCAAAUCGUCGACUGACUGCCCGACCACGACUCCCAAUUUACCUGUACAAGUGUACAUAUGACAAGCUCGUCUCUCCGCUGCCUCGCCGCAUAUGUACUUUCAGCGACCAUGGACCCGAAUUCGCGGAUCCAGGAAGAUGGAUAGAGAUGCCACCACUACCACUACCAGCAGGCAACAUCGUCGACGCAUCUCAUCCCAACCUUCUGAUGAAGCCUUUCCUCUCUCUGCCGGCCUGAGUCCUUAUGAGGAAGCUUUUACUGCACCCCAUCGUUCGUUGAAUGCUGCCUCCACCGUCACCAUCACCACCACUACUUCUAAUACCACUAUGGGCACUUCCUCUCCUCCACUUCCUCAAUUUGGACAGGAAUCUACCCCACGAGACGGCUGCAACCCAUCCCCUUUGCAACCACCUCUCCCGCCGCCGGCAAGAAGCCUGGACGCAGUGAUGCCUGGCCUCAAGCACUCUACCAACUUCGACUCGCCCUUGCGGCAGCAGCAGCAGCAGCAGCAGCAACCCACCUCGGGCGUCCGUGUGCAUGAGAAGCAUGCUCGCAAAGAUAGUGUCCAGAGCAGUCCAGCCGAUGGCAAGAAACCGAGUAUUGGCGCCUUUGUCCGACAGAUCACGAGGACUUCCUCUAUUGGCGCAGACCUAGGAAUCACUGAACCCGAAGGCGCACCCACCUGGCUACCCACCUGGCUCCGUCCAUCUCCCCUCGCCGGUGUGGUCGCUCUCCUCAUUGUCAUUUGCUGCACGCUGGCCUCCCUCGGCAUUCUCGUAGGCUCCAACGGUAAGCACGUCGACGAUUGGACAUGGUCGCCCAGUGUGUUCCUUGCCAUCUCUUCUGCCGCCAUCGGCAAAUCACUACAGUUUGCACUCCUUCAGGCACUACCCAUCGCAUGGUGGUACCGUGCAUAUCGCGGAUCGACCAUUGAUAGCUUACAACGUCACUGGGAGUCUGGUCAAGGCAUAUGUCGCGCCAUUCUCAAUGCGAGACAUGAGCCCAUCUUGGCCAUGGCCAUGAUCGCCGGAGUGCUGGUCGUGGCCGAUGGCCCCUUCCUCCAAAAAGCCUCCUCCGUCAAGUCGGAAUUUCAAAACACGACGGUGACGCUCAACUUUCCCGUUGCGCCCGAGCUGCCCACCGGCUUCUCGGGCAUCUUUAGUGAAAAUGGAUUGGAGACGACCGAUGCAAUCACCCCCGCUCUGGACGGCUUCACCCUCAACACGACUCUCGUCGCCAACGUGACGGGCUGCAAUGGCGCCUGCCGAGCGACUAUCCGGGCGCCGGGCGUCACCAUCAGCAACUGCACUUCACGCACCUGGGACCUCACGCCCAAAGAGCUCCAGCACAACCGGAGUGCUACCUGGGGAUCAGGCGUUGCGAAUGGAGUGGCGCCCAUGCCACUGUUUAACAUCCAGCUCGCCGAUAACCUGCACUCUUCUCCUGACGAACCGCCCUACGUGGGGCCGGAGGAAGUCAUCCUGCAGACGGGCAUUGCAAACUUCUCCGACUGCACUGGAUCAUAUGUGGAACGGCAUUGUGCGCUCGUGGCGGCGAUACUGGAACACGACGUCAUGGUGCAAGAACACAACGUGAUCCGUUUCCUACGACCACCGAGCGAAGGGAAAGUCGUGGCCAUGGCCAACAACACGUACGUCAACAGCUCGGCCGCGUUGCCCCUCAAUCUCACCAUUUCCGGUCUGGGCGCCUUCCUGGCGGGCCACGUCUUUGCCAAUGCCACCAUGGAGCCUGCGGAUGAUGCGCGGGAGACGGGCUCGGAGAUCAUGCCCGGGCGACACUCGUUUAACAAUGUGGUGGAUAGCUUCACCAUCAGCUCGAACCUGUGCCUGAGUCAAUUUGCGGAUCCGACCACGGCCGUGUUGGACCAAUUCAAUAAUCUCAUGUUUCGAGCGGCCAUUGAGGCGGCGAAAUCGACGACGAACUACGACCACACCUCCCCGCAGCUGGAUCCGGGCCUGGCGCUAUCACAGAGCGUCAGCGCCGCGCAGACACGGCGGGUCAACGUGUUUGCAUCCGACCUCCGAUGGUGGUCGGGCGCUGCCCUCCUCGAGCUUCUCGCCGUGGUGGCCAUCCUCCCCGUCUUCUGGGGCUACUGGAGACUCGGUCUGAGAGUGACCAUGAGUCCAUUUGAAAUCGCCAAGGCGUUUGAGGCGCCUCUCUUGAAGGAGGUCGGGUCUGCAUCGGGGAGCCGAGGCGUGGUCAAAGGGAUGGGAGAUGUCAAAGUCAAGUUUGGAACGGCUGACGAGCAAUAUGAACGAUCGGGCGAUGAUACUGGUGCGGAUGAGGAAGAGAAAGGGUGUACGACUGGGACGCUGAUUAUUGGUGAAGCUGAUGAUGUUACGACGCCCAGGACAGGAACGCAGUUUAUGUAGUAACGGCAUAUGAGGACAGCAAUAGACGUAUGUAGUAUUAGU